CCCUCCCCCUCUUAACUUAAUUUGGGAAAAAUUGAUUGACCAAUAUGGAUAUAUGUAAAAUCGAUUUUGGAUAAACAAAACUUGCAGCAAUUUUAACCCCCCACCCCCAAACUAUUUGAUUUAAGUUUUUUUAUCCUACAUUGAUCUUUUGAUGUCAUCCCUAAGAAUGAAAAUAAAGUUAAAAUUUUAAUCGGCUAACCUCGGGGGACUCCGCUUCUCUCAGUCUAUAGUGUUAGAUGGAGGUACGGAAUCGGCCGAGUUGUGACGAACGAUUUCUGAUCCUGUUUGGGUAGCGAGAUUUCAGCGAGAUCACAACAUCAUUGCCGCCAUAUUUGAAAGAAAUUUUCCAAACGGCUUUCUAAUGAAUUUAUGCCAUGAAGCGUGUAAAAGUUACUACAUUUAAACAGUUAGAGUCUGCUGAUCAUGUUGAAGAUAGUGACACCGAAUUUGAAGAUGACUACAUUGAUGUUAGAAAUGCAAAGCGCAAAAUAGCCAGGAAACGUGAAAAAACAUCAAAUGUAUUAAAAGAUAAGGAGACAGACUUCAAUGUUAUUUGCAACCUUGUGAAUUCGCCAUGCUGUGAGAAAAAAUGUUUAAGCACCAGUAAUGUUCAGACAAUUCAGACCUGUAGAGCUAUGUUCUAUAAAAAGACACAAGAAGAACAGUCAGAUUUCAUUGAAAGAAACAUAAGGUGCAAUGAUGCCAGUUUAGAAGACAAACAGUUGACUUUUGUGCUGACUGGUAGGAGAGUAUGUGAAUAUGCAUGGAGGAUUGUGUAUGGCAUAAAAAGGAGGAGGUAUUACUACAUGAAAAAGAAAUGUAGGUCUACUAAUGAAGAUUUAGACAAUUCUGACAAAAGAUGUAGCCAACAAUACAAGAGUCGCCAGUACCUUGAAGCAAAGAGUUUUGUUACAGGUCUAUGCAAGAGAUAUGGUGAUGAUCAGCCUGAUAUUCUGGAAAUACAUUUGCCAUCAUGUCUCUCUAUACUACAAGUUUGGACAGAUUACAAAUCUUCCUGUGAGAAUUUAGGAUCACCCUAUUUAUCAUACCAGAGGUUCUAUGGAAUGUGGAUUGAAGAGUUUCCUCAUGUUAAGAUUCCAAAGUAUCAGAAGCUCAGCAAAUGUAAUGAGUGCGUAAUCUUUAAAGAGACCAUCAGCAAAAAACUGACAAAGAUCGAUUUGGGAGAGCUGAAGGACAAGAGAAGAGCACACUUGCUUCUUCAAGAAAUCUGCAGGGAAAAAUAUUAUAAACACAUAAAGAAAUCCAAAGAACAUCCAAGCAUGUACACUUCUGUUAUCAUUGACAAUAUGGAUCAGUCCAAAACCAAUCUACCAAGGUUUCCAUUACAUUUUAAGAAUGAAACAACACUUGAAAAAAUGCACCACCAUGUUACAGGUGUUUUAUGUCAUGGAUUAAAUAAGGCAUAUACAUUUACAUGGACAGAUCAGUUUUCCUCUGAUUGCAAUAUCACCUUGAAUUGUUUGAUGUCUGUGUUGGGCGAUGUAGCAACAGAAAAUGGUGGUUUACCUCCUACACUAUAUAUUCAAGCUGAUAAUUCCCCAAAAGACAACAAAAAUAAAUAUGUGAUAAUGUUCCUAGCAAUGUUGGUGAAAAUGGAAAUUGUAAAAAAGAUAAAGCUGACAUUCCUCAUGGUGGGUCACACCCAUGAGGAUGUUGAUCAGUUAUUCAGUAGGAUUUCUGUUAAAGCUUCAAAAGAAAAGACAACAACCAUCCCAAGCCUUUUGGAUCUGAUCAAAAGGUCUUACACACCACAACCUAUUGCAAAGCAUGUAGAAUCACUGUAUGAUUUCCGGGAUCAGAUGGCAUAUCCAUCCAGUCUAGCUGGAAUCAAAAGUCAGCACGUAUUCAAAUUGACAAAGGAUGGAGACAAAGUUUUCUUGGCCAUGAAAGAAUGGCCAUUGGAGUCAGCACCAUACAAAACAUUGGAGCUGACUAAUAUAUUACAGAAUCUCGACAUGCCGAGGAAGGUGGAACCAAACAUGGAAAAGAUUGGUGGUAUCAUACAGUUGAUGAGACGAGAUCUUCCAAAAUGGGUUCAAAAUGGAAAGUUAAACAGAGAAGAUGAACUUUGGUGGAUCAGCUACCUAUCUACCCUCGAGAAAACAAGACGCCCUGCACCAAAGACUCCUUUGCCACAAAAUAUGGGACGUUACAAGAAACCACAACAUGAACAACCAGCUAUGGAAGGUAAUUUGUUGGCUGCGAUCAACAACCAUAUCCAGACUUUUGAGAGAAACACCGCAGUUAGGAUUGUUACACACCGACCACGGGUUUAAGUCCUCAAAACUAAUUCUAUUUUGUAUAUUUUGUAUAUUUUGUAUAUAUAUUUACCUCCUAGGAACAUUUGAUAGAUAAUCUUCUUAUGUCAUAUGAGCACCAAAUUUUGUGUCUAUAAAUGAAAUGACUUCUGUAUGUUUGUUUCAAAGAUUAAUUCGUAGAAACUUGUAGCUGCUGUCCUUUAGUGAAGACAGUUCAGCAUUUUAUAAGCAUGAUAAGUGACAACAUGUUUAAGCAGUUGACUGUAUGAAACUAAAUAUCAUUCACAUUAAUGUACAGUACUGUAGUUUGCAAUUGUUGUAUGGAAUUUUGAUUCAUGAUUAUUUUGAAAACUAAGUGUUUUUGUAUAGCAGUGCUAUAUCUUUAAUGUUCACAAAUGUACAAAUGUUAAUAUAAAAAACUAAUUUGUAAAUAAUAUUUCAAUUGCUACAGUAAGUGUUUUGACAAGUUAAGUCAAUGUUAGUAUUAUUUAUUUUUAAAAUUUUGAAAAGUUAUUUGUAUUCUGAAAGUAGAUUGGGUAAGUGUCAAUUUUCUGGCUAAAAGCUUUUUAAGUUGCUGAUUAAAACAUAUUGAAAUUAGCCUGUUUUAAUUGGUAGGGAAAAAGUAAGAGAAUUUGUGAGAAUUGUAAUAAGAUUUAGUAGUCCGAGCCUUAUUGAACCUUCUCUUUUGUACAAGAUGAGAAAUGGAAAUCUUCAAUUGAAAUGUAUGCAUGUAACAUUGUAGACAAUAGAACAUACUUUUCUUACAUGUAUUUCUUUUAUUAGUCAUGCUUUUUUGCAUUGAAGUAUUGACAUUUAAUGAAAAUAUAUAUAUCUGAGAUAAUUUACCUGUGUAAAAAACAACUUUCAAAUAGAAAGAAAUGUGUUUAUAU